AUGACGGUGCUUUCUAAUGCAGCGUAUAGGGGGAUGGUGGAUGUCGUGAAGAUGCUGCUGGAGAGAGAGGUUGAUCUGGACCAUGUGGAUAAGUCCGGUCGAAAUUCUCUCUCGUGGGCUGCGGAGGGAGGACAUGUCGAAGUGGCCAGACUUCUUAUUGACAAAAAGGUGGACUUAGUACUCGAAGACGAAGAGCAGAUGACGCCUCUAUUAUGGGCG